AUUCUGUGAUUCCGUGUGAUUCUGUGAAAGACAAGAAAUUCCCACAAAGGACAUCUGUAGGGCACAUGCACCCAUCUUCCUGCUCCCAGCAGUGACUGGUGCUCCAAUGGUAAGUCUUUCCCUUGCAGGCACUGUCGUCACAGACUGCUCCAUACCUGAUGAGCUUAUGGUAAGAGCCCCCCAUCUGACCUGCAGCUCUCUCGGUGGGAUAGUGGCAGAUGAGCUCUUGCCAUUUGCGCUGCUUUGCACAGUCCCCAGGCCUCGUACUUUUCCCUCUCUGCCUUUUGCUAAAUGUGGAGGUGAUGGGAGGCUCCCCUAAGCUUGCAAAGAAAGGGAGACCCAAAGGAGUGGCUGUGUGUCUGCUCAUCUGUGAGCUCUGAGUGCUCGUCAGGGGCUGGGCAGCUCUCUGACUUGUGUGUCUGCAGAAACUUGCCCUCUCUGGUGAGCGAACAAGCGCAAGAGAUUCAGUUCCUGAGGAAGGAGGUAACUUGCCUGUCUGCGGAGAAUGGCGCUGUGACAAAAGUGAUCCUGUACUUUGGGAAAGAGGUUGGGAUGAGCAGAGCAUUGGGCAGGGCAUUGAUCGUGUGGGCUGCCCAUGGGACUUCCCUGCUGACCCCCGCCACUCACCUCUUGCCAAGCACUGCUGGUUGAGAUGUGGCACACGUGUGUGUGUUCAUCUGGUGAGAAAUGCUUGUAUUCAGUAGUUUGGGUUUAGGUGAAAUUUGCUAGGAAUUACAGUUCCUUUCACGCAUUUACAAAAGCGGACGAACUUGACAAGGGUGCACCAGAUCAGAGUGACACAUCAGUCUACUACUAUUUACACAACAAUUUACUACUUCCCAGUGCAUAUUUUCUCCCAUUCCCUCCCAGGCCGAGGACUUCCAGCCUCACAGCCUGUGCGAGGCUCCUCAUUCCCUCAGCUGAUGUCCCGUCCCUGUUCACUGCUUGGUUAGCCCCUCCACGUUCUCCUCCUCUUCUUCUUUAGUUUUUACCUGCUACGGCAUGCUGGCACAACUUCUCAGAGUUAGGCUUCGCCUCUGCCUGGCAUUCAAACUAUAGAACUGGUUUGUACCAGUACAUCUCACGACGUUACUCAAAUUUCUCACAAUAUACGACUGGAAUACUCAGGAGUUCAAAGUCAGGCCGAGAUUUAAUAAUAAGAGUAAAAAAGGGUUUCUGCGGGAACUCAUCAAACUACCGUGGUGCUGUUCUCCCCACACACAGGAUCCAAGCCGAUCCCUUUUCUGCAACGCAGAUAAAACCCAUGACAGCACACCGUGGAGAUAUCUGGUGAUAGAGAUAGUGAGGCUCACGAGUUUUGGGCUACAAUUAGCUGGGCCCACCAGGGCUGUCAAGGGCAGACGUACCAUGAAACCGGCGGGGCCUCCCACCUCCCAACCCUGCUGACCCCUAGCCCCGCUUGUGAGGUCAGAGGCAUGAGUUGACACUGUGCAGGCCCAGGCCUUUGUGACGUCUGGACUGGGUGCCACAGUCUGCCCCACCGAGCUGCCACCUGGCACUGUAGGCCGUGGCUGCCAACACGUGUGGAAGGAGCUCGUGGUGGUGUCCUGGUGGCUGUGUGCUUGGGGCAGGUGCACUUCUCCUGCCGAUCGGUUUUGGGCUUGUUGCUCAGUGGCCUUCCUCUGCGCAGACGUUUCUGCUGCUGAAGGGGACACUGAGAGGGGGAAAGCUUGAUUCCUCCACAGCAUGAGGAGGAGAAAGUCUCCCCAGAGAUCAAGAGGGGCACAGACGCCUCCUGAAAGGGUGAGGGUGAGAAGAGCUGGCAGCAACUUGAGAGGAGCAGAAAUGGAGAGCAGCCAGCUCCCAGAAAACAGCUGCACCCCCUCUCCGGUGGCCCAGGCGGGGCCAGCCAGAUGCAGAAGCUCUGCUGCAUACAAUGUGGGGUCGAACAUCAUAAAUUACCUGAGAAACUCUCAGACCGUGGUCUCCCUCAACAAACGCUUUCGCACAAGCAUCUCCACUCUGCAAGAGAUGGCCAAAAAGGAGUCCGGGCUCUACGUGCUGCUUUUCCUGGUCUUUCUGUGUGCUCUCACUGGUGCCUACUGUGGAUUCUCGCUGGCAAGAGUAUCGUUGACAAAGGAUUUCUUGCAGGAAGUCCAGGACUUGAAAGAGGCAGUGCCUGUGAGACCUCGGGGAAAUUGCUUCACAAAGUCUGACUGGGCUCUGAAAAGUGCAGGGAUCUCCAUAGACCUGCAUAGAUCAUCCAGGUCUGCGUGGCGCUGCAGGGUGGCUUGGUUCCUGUGCGCUCCAAAUGUGCUGGAGACCUUUAAGCAGCUGGACAUUUCCCCGGGAUACUGCUGGCCUGUGAAAACAUCUCAGAGUCAGAUGGUCUUCAACUUGCCCACAGAAGUCCAGCCGACUGCAGUCACUGUGCAGCACACAGUGGACACAACCUUGUGGCACAUCAGCAGCGCUCCCCGUGAUUUUGCUGUCUUUGGACUGGAUGAGAAAGGAGAGAACAAAGUUUUGCUUGGGAAAUUCACCUACGAUAUCAGGGAAGAGCUGUCCCAGACCUUUGAACUGCAGACUGAGACCCCCAGAGCCUUCUGGCAUAUAAAGCUCAGCGUACUCAACAACUGGGGAAAUGCAGGACACACAUGCAUUUAUCGGGUGCAGGUUCAUGGCAAGAGCGCAGGAAUAAAAUGACACCGACUAAGGACUUGGAAGGAUUCGAAGACUGUAUAAUCAAUGGAUAUACAGAUGGUGUAUAUAUAUCCAGGAGUUUGGCUAAUAUAAUUUAUAUU